AUGCGCGCGUCAUGCAAUUGUGAAUCACGAUAGAAGAAGAACUCAACGAAAAGGAAACGUAAACACACGUAUCUGGUGCGCAUGUAGCUUAUAUGUGGAAUAUACAUCUUUAUAGAGGUGCAUUUAGGCUGUGCGAGGCAGUCUACAAUAAUGCCUGAGCUGGAAGUGAAAUAUUCAGACGCCGUGAGCCCGAAGAAACGCCGCCACAGUCGCUCGAGGAGUCGCUCACCGGACCGAGAGCUGAAACACUCAAGACACGAUGAAGACCACAAACCGCGAUACACGGAUCGAAACCGCUUCCGUGUGGGAAAUUCUCGCAGUCGGUCGAGGUCCAGAGAACGAGAUCGGUUAAAUGUGUCGGAUCAGAGAACCGGCCCUGGAUACAGAUCUGAUUACUAUGACAAGAGAGAUGAUGCCCAACGACAGAGACAAGACGCCUUUAUUGCAAGGCGCCUGCAAGAGCGUGAAAGAAUUGGUGAAUCGGGAUGUCCAGAGGUUUGGGGCUAUUCUCCACGAGUCCGAGAACCUGACUCGGAUGAACAUACUCCUGUAGAAGAAGAUGUGAAAAACAGCAGCUCUGAAACGAGUUCAGAGGAAGAAAAGAAAAAGAAGAAAAAGAAAAAAAAGAAGAAAUCCAAGAAGAAAAAGAACAGAAAGCACUCAGAUGACAGCGAGUCUGAAAGUGAUUCUGAAGAAGAGCUGAAGAAGAAGAAAAGAAAGAAGAAGAGCAAAAAGAAGAAGUCAAAGAAAAAGAAGGCAAAGAAGAAUCAGAAGGAGUCCAGUAAUUCCAGCAGUGACCAAUCAGAUGCAGAGGAAGAGGACAUGAAUGAAAUCUCAUGGGUGGAAAAAACUGGUGUGGGAGAGCAUGUUGUUGGACCCGAAGCUCCUCUCACUCACCUAUCUCAAGAUGACAAACCUCUAGAUUUUGGACAUGCUUUGCUACCAGGUGAAGGUGCAGCCAUGGCAGAGUUUGUGAAAGCUGGUAAACGAAUCCCAAGAAGAGGUGAAAUCGGUCUGACUAGCAAUGAGAUUUCAGAGUUUGAGAAGUCUGGCUAUGUCAUGAGUGGAAGCCGACAUCGGCGUAUGGAGGCUGUGCGUCUGAGAAAGGAAAACCAGAUCUACAGCGCUGAUGAGAAGAGAGCACUCGCCUCCUUUAACCAGGAAGAGAGAAGAAAGAGGGAGAGUAAAAUCCUUUCCAGCUUCAGGGAAAUGGUGUAUAGAAAGACUAAAGGAAAAGAUGAGAAGUAGACUCUACUCCAUCAUUUUUAUUUCUGUUGACUUCUUUUUCUUUUUAAGAGAUGGAUGACAAAAUAAAACGUAGUUCAGAUUAACACCUUUUUAAAACUUGAGUGUAUAGAGUUUUAUCGGCUUGAGGCAUCACACCAUACAAUGUACAGUGAGAGGUUUGUGAACAAAAAUUGUUAUUGCUAUUAUUAAACUUUCUUUUCACAAAUAAGGAUGUAAUGUGUUAUUUGCAUCAAAAUAAAAUGGUUAUGUGGAACA